AUGCAAAAGGUCGCUUUGAAGACUGUGGUUUUCAUGGGCUCCGCGCGCAACGUGGUUCCUCCCUGGGGUGGCGAGGCGCGCUUGGGCGACCGCGUUUUGAAGCAUGUGCUCAGCGUUCUGAAAGCCAGGGACGAGGCCUAUGGACAGGACCAAGUCAGCCAUGAGGUUUCCGUUUUCGACCCCGUCGAGGUGUUCGGCCCGGGUGGGGCGUGUGAAGGUGAUGGCCACCUCACUACGCCACACUUCUUCCUCAAGGCUGGCACAAACCCCAAGAUGGAUGAGAUGCGAGACACCAUCAAGGCGGCCGAUGGUUACGUGGUGGUCACAGCAGAGUAUAACCACUCUUUGCCGCCUGCGCUGACCAGCUUGAUGGGACAUUUCGGUGGAUCGAACUACAAGUGCAAGCCUUCCUGCAUUGUCACCUACAGCCCCGGUCCCUGGGCAGGCAUGCGCGCAGCCAUGGCGGCACGCCCUUUCCUUUCCGAGCUCGGCUGCAUCCCCGUGAGCAAGCUGGCGGCCUUCCCUGCGCCGAAUGAGCUCUUCGAUGAGGAGGGUGCGCCCAAAGAUCCCGAGGCGCGCAUGCUCAAACAGUUACCGGCCAUGGUGGGCGAGUUGGAGUGGAUGGCGCUCGCCAUGAAGAAGAUGCGGGACUCCGCCGGGCUGCCCAAGUGA